AUACUGCGUCGCGGACGAUGACCCUUUCCUUCGGGAGGUCUUUUUGCAUGCUAUACUGGAGUACGCGAGAUAUCCGCCACUGGAGAAUCGCGACGAUGUCGUACGGUUGCUCGAUAUAAAAAUAAGCUCAGUUUCUCUCUUUCUCUCUCUCUCUUUUUCUUCGCUUCUCGCGCGUUACUCUCCCUUUUCUCAUCUCUUCUAUCAAUGAACCGGCCCAUAGUCGUUGGCUCCUUAAGCGUUGGCGGCAGUAGCAGCGGGCGGCGACUCCUUCUGGUACCGUUACCUCUGGUGGCACGCUGCUGUGUCUGCUGUACGGCCGAUGCGUGCCAGGGAGGAUUUUGCAAGAUGCGAGAUUCGCUUCCCGCGGCGAGGGAGCCCUCGUCGUCGAGUUUAGGCGGACUCUGACCACCUCCGGGAAAGUGUGUAGGCGCGUAGGGGUGUCGCGCAUUACGUAAAGCCGUGGGAAAAAUAAAUCGCGUAUAAAAAAAAAGGAGGCAAAACAAAGUGUAGGCGAAGAAGGGAGACGACCCACUUUCUGUGUGCGUGCACGUCGCGAUGAGGAGAGCAUCGUUUGAUAAACACGUUAACGCCAAGCGCAACGUUCUGAGCAACACCUCGUAUGGAUUCACAUGCACCAAGGAUGCAGAGUACAAGUCCAGCGUGAAUUAUAGCAGCUCUCUACAGGAGAAAAAUUAUCUACAGCGUAGCGUAUCGGCGGAUAAUGUAAUACGUUCACGAGGUUUCAAACCGUCUGACAGACACGAUCCGGUCAAAAGGAAUUUUCUUGAAAAUCUCACUUCAAAAAUAUUGCACUUUGACAUGGAAGGGAGCGAGACUACCCCGAUUAAUUUGCAGAAGUUACUUACUCCAGCAUCGGAUUCUCAAGAAUUGCUACAAUCAAAAAAUAAAAAAAUGUUUGCAUCUUCGUACUUUUACGCACCGACGCAUCCUACCGUCGAAGAUCAGGUCGAGCUUGCACGUCGGAUUUCGCUUUCGCUCAGUGACGUAAAAAAUGUGAAGAGCAAAGGACAGUCUAUGUACGUGAAUAGGAAAAAGCGAUCUGUUAAAUGGAUCCAUGAUGGCAACGGUAUCGAGGACGAAGAGGAAUCGACCACGAUUCAUAAGGAAAAACUGCCCCUCAAAUGCGUGAUGAAUCCAUGCGGGAAGGUGCUGGAUAUUCAUGGCAUUCAGGCUUUAGGUGAAGAGGUCAAUAUCGCGUCAGUACCAAAAAAUCCUGAGAAGCUCUUUGAUAUUGUUCGCGAUUUGAACACUCAAAAAGGACGCGGUGCUGAAAUAUUUGCGAAACGUAGGAAAAGAUCGGAAAAGUGGGUGGUAGACCAAGAACAGCCACAGACACCCAAUACACCUGUCACGCCGAUUACGCCAACGUAUCCAGAAAAAUUAGAAAUUAAUGGUAAUGCAAAAUUCAUGACGCCUUUAUCGUUAACACCUCGGACACCGGUUUCAACCACUGACAAACCAUUUUAUAAUCCUUUUACGGUGGAUAUUUCCCUUGAUACUGCUAAUGUCCCGAUAACAGACAAGCACUGUAACGCUAACCGAUGCAGCCAUUCGAGCGAGAUAAAAAAGAUUUAUCUGCGGGAAAUUGCAGUGGGCACAGAUUCCGAUUUUCCUUCCGAUCAUUCUCGAUCGCCCAUUGUCGAAAAGUCCCGCCGUAUCGUUUUCGAAUCUACUAACAAUCGGCGCACUAACAAUACGGCCAAUAAUCGCGCUGUCGCAAGUAACAAUAACAGAUACGUUAACAACAACGUUAAUUAUCAGUCUCCGAGAAAAUCCGACGCUUGCAACGCGUGGAGCUACAAUGACAACCGAAAAAUUAACGCAAGGAUCCAACAGCGUUUCGAUAACGUGAUCGAUAACAAAAUCGGGAGUAAGCAGCAGAGUGACCGGCAGAUGCAGAAUGAUAAUGAGGAAAACGGAUACACUCCUGUGCCGGUGAAGCAACUGAUACAAGAAUUCGAGAAAACCUGUAGACCAGUUCUACAAUAUAAGCAGAUCAGUCCAAAGAUCAUUCCAAUCGUACAGCAGUGUCCGUUGGAUAAUGGCAUAGCGCGUUUCUUCGAGACGAAGAACCCUGUCAAGUAUAACAACGACGAGGAAGGAUACGUACGCGCGCGCGGGAACUACGAGGGAGCCGCGAAACUUCAGGCCCAAUGUAACAACCGAUUAUACAACACGCGAGGAAGCUACGAGAGGAAGCUGCAGUCCCAAUGCAACGGCCAGCUGUGCAAUGCGCGCGGGAGUUACGAAGGAUCGGCCAAACUGCAAGCCCGAUGCAACGGCUACGCUUCCACCGACGAGAGCGAGUACACGACCGACGAUGACACCGAGUCCGACGAUUAUCAGAACGAGGUCGGAUCAACGGAACGCGGCAAUUCCGCGCCGUCCGUCCUGUUGAACUGCUGCGACAGCAGCGAGUACUCGAUCGCGUUCGAGGACGAGUACUCGGGUACGAGACGUCAUUCGACCACCUCGCAGGAAUUGGAGGCCCUGUAUGCCAACAGCACGGACCCGAGAUUCGUCAAUACCGAGGCCGAAUUGCCGGCCGAAGCGAAAUCGCUGAUGCUCUCGAUGGUCGCCUCGCAGGACGACAUACUCGAGACCAAGAAACAUCUGCGUAGCACGCCGGUCUUGGAUAAUCUUUUAGGCACCGCCACGCCAGAGUGCAAGCUCAUUGACGCUAAUCCGGAAUUAGGAAACAAACUGUACGAGAAUGACAAUUGCACUGGACCGAAAUUGGCCAGUCUUCACAACUUGACAAAUUACAAUACAGCACCGCGUGGAUGGAAUCAAUCUUUUACAUUCUAUCGGCCUAUCAAAUUCGAAAAACCGCAAGAGAUCAUGUAUUCUGAUUUUUAGACGUAUGAUAAAUUUUAUAACCCUUUUACACACAUAAGGUGACUGAAAGAUCAAUUGUAAAUCUGAUUACUCUGAGAUAUCCACAAGAGAACUAUUGGAAUAUGUUUUCCGCGUUGAUACGAUUUAUUUUUGCCAGCAAUAUGAUUUAAAUCAAUAUCUACAUAUAACUCAAAUAUUAUCACCAUGACAUAUAAAUGUGAUCGCGCUUUAUGCACGAUUUGUUUGAAGUUUUGCUUUGGUGUACCUCUACCUCUUCGAUCCCUUAUUGAGAUAUUUAACGUUGUUCAUGCUUUGAAGGUGUUACAUUAUUGCAUUUUACUUUAUUAUAUAUUAUGCAAAUAAAUAUAUUGUUUUCCUAAUUUUUA